GUAGAAGCCAGAGAAGAAGUCACACCUGACACCCACGCUUGUCACACGGCUCGCCCAUUGUCGUCACGGCGACGGCAAGUCCCCAGACCACGACCGGAGGGACUGGGAGGUGGUUCCGGAAAGGAAGGAUCUCCGCGGCGGUGCCGCAACGUCGAUAAGGGGUCGAAGGUCACCAUGAACGACGGGCGUGACGACCGCGCUCGGGAGGAGAGGGCUCGGCUCGGUUCUGGUUUCCAGACGCUGCUGGGGGCCACUUCCAGUUUUCGGCAGGCGGCAGCGGCGCUGGGGAGCUCCGCAGACUGCGACUUCCUCCGUCGCGAGCUGGAGCGGACCGGGACGUUCGCCAGCGACGUCGCCGGCGGUCUGUCGGGCUGUCUGACGAGUCUCCUGUCUGACGGAGACCCGAAGGAGGAGCGGCGAGAGGCGGAGCGCGUCUGGGUCCACUUCCUGUCGGCCGCGGAGAGCUUCCUGUCUGACCUGCGCAAGGCGGCCGACCUGAUGGGUCGCUUCCCGCUGGGCCCGCCGAAGGACCGCCGCUCGUUGGUCAAUACAGGGUGCACGGAGGACGUCGCGGACGGGGAGGUCGGCGCGUCCCGCUCGGCGGCCGCCGCCGACGAGGGGGCGGGACUUCGACGACACCUGGACGGCCUGGAGGACGUGCUGAGCGACAUGCAGAUCAGGGUGCCGGUGGCGUUCUGGUCGGUGGAGUCCACGCAGCCGCCGUGGGCCGAAGUCCAGAGCCAAGAGAGCGCCGGCGACCCGGAGGAGUCUUCGACGACCGCCCGCUGCUCGGCUUUCGGCUGCGUCCGCUUUUGACCGCCCCGGCGCCGGCUCGCUUUUCGGCCUUCGUGUCCCGUUACUUUUGCCUUUCCUGCACUGAACGGGGAAGAAAUUGAAGGCCAACCAAAAAAAAAAA